CACCCCGUCCACCGACAGCGGCGCUUCCCGUGACGCCUCGAACGGAAUCAGAUUCGGACACAUGCGCUCUCACAUCAGGUCCCUGCCCCCUGAUACACGGCAGCAGUAACGGGGUUACUUUCCGUAUACCGUCUAGUUCCAGCACUGAUGGGAACCUCGGGGUCUAAGACAUAUCGGUGUGCAUAGCCUUCUUCUCCAGCUGACAAUACCAUGAAGUUAGACGUCCUUCUUCUCCUCCUCUUGGGUUUUUGCAAGCUGUCCCCCGCGAAGAUUGCCGCUCCAAAUGAGUUUGUGUCCUUGGCGGAGAUGGAGGAUGCUUUAUUGAAGAACCUUUUCCAAGGCUAUCAGCGCUGGGUUAGGCCAAUCCAGCGUGCCAAUGACACUAUUAAAGUACGCUUUGGACUCAAGAUCUCUCAGCUGGUCGAUGUGGAUGAGAAAAAUCAGCUAAUGACAACUAAUGUUUGGCUGUGGCAGGAAUGGAUUGAUUACAAGCUGCGAUGGAAUCCAGAUAAAUACGGAGGAAUCACCUCCAUCAGAGUUCCUUCAGAAAAUAUCUGGCUCCCAGACAUCGUCCUGUAUGAGAAUGCUGAUGGGCGGUUUGAGGGUUCCCUGAUGACCAAAGCUAUUGUGAAGUACAACGGGGCCAUCACCUGGACACCACCUGCCAGUUACAAAUCUGCCUGCACCAUGGAUGUCACUUUUUUCCCUUUUGAUCGCCAGAACUGUUCCAUGAAGUUUGGGUCCUGGACCUAUGAUGGCAGCAUGGUGGACUUGGUUCUCAUGGACAACCAGGUUGAUCGGAAAGACUUCUUUGAUAACGGGGAGUGGGAGAUACUCAGCGCUACUGGUGCCAAAGGAAACAGAAAAGAUGGCUUGUUAUCCUACCCCUUCAUCACAUACUCCUUCAUCCUGAAGAGGCUGCCUUUGUUCUACACGCUGUUCCUAAUCAUCCCUUGUUUGGGUUUGUCAUUUCUGACCGUCCUGGUCUUUUACCUCCCCUCAGAUGAAGGAGAGAAGCUUUCACUCUCUACCUCCGUCCUAGUGUCACUUACUGUGUUCCUGCUGGUCAUUGAAGAGAUUAUUCCCUCCUCCUCCAAGGUCAUACCCCUGAUCGGAGAGUACCUCCUCUUCAUCAUGAUUUUUGUCACCCUCUCCAUCAUCGUCACUGUCUUUGUCAUCAAUGUCCACCACCGCUCCUCAGCCACUUACCACCCAAUGUCGCCAUGGGUUCGAAACCUCUUUCUUCAAAAACUGCCCAGAUUGCUGUGCAUGCGAGGGCACACUGACCGCUACCACUACCCAGAGCUGGCUCCCGAAAGCCCUGAGCUGAAGUCUCGCUCUGGAGGUCGGAGAGGCCAGAAGGCAAACAGUGGUUCGCUCGGACCGACUACUUCUGAUGGGAAGGACGAAGAAGCCUGGGGUGCUAUGUUGGAGAAAGCCAUCUAUUCGGUGCGCUACAUCAGCAGACAUAUCCGUAAAGAACACUUCAUCCGUGAGGUGGUACAAGACUGGAAGUUUGUGGCCCAGGUGUUAGACAGAAUCUUCCUUUGGGCUUUCCUCACUGUCUCAGUAUUAGGCACCAUCCUUAUCUUCACUCCAGCUCUGCAGAUGUUCAUGAAAAUCCCCCCUCCAAUUCCAAGUGAGGAACAAGCUUCAGAGCCGUUACACUGACGAGGCAACUGAUCAUCUGCCUUCAAAGAAAACAUUUUUUAAACAUGGUACCACUGAGCAAGAAGAGCCCACUGCAGGCACCUUUUACAGGAUUUUGUUGACUAUCUGACUCUUUCUGUUAAACCACUGUGUAAAAUAUACAUGCGAAUAAGUCAUCAGGUCACUCUGUCUGUUUUGUCAAUAUCAUAACGUUUCAUCUGAUUAUAUUGGCAUUUUAUUCUGGUUUAAGAUAUAUAUGACAACCUCAGUAACCAGUAGUCUCACCUGUGUUGAGUUUCAGUUCGCAAAUUGCCAAAAUAAAAAACAACAACAAAGAAAUGCUUCAUAAACUCUACACCAAAUGGUAUUUAGCUAUCAAAAUACAAGAUUAAGGUAAAACCCCAUAAUUGCCUUAUUUUUUAUGUUUUUAACCAACAUCAUAUUUAAUUUGAUAUUUUUUU